AUGAUUGAGGAACAUCAUCCCAUGCAAAUAGGAAUGUUUCCAUUGGAUAUUAAACCAUGUCAGUCGGCGGCAACAAUCACACAACAUCAACUAUUGCUACAAGCAAAUGGCCAGCAUACCCUCACGCCGCAACAGCAACACCAUCACCACCAGCAUCAUUUACAAAAUCCUCAACAGCAGCACAGCAACUCUUUAAUGGUCAUGAACGGAAAUGAAAGAAUGUUAACAACAACAGUAACAUCGGCAAAUACUUCCGACUCACCAGCCUCAAAUUCAGCACCAACUACUGGAAAUUCUUCGUCACAACAACAGCAACAACUUCAGCAGCAGCAUCAUCAUCCUCAUCUACGCCAUCAACAAUGUGCCUCCAACUCUGCCACCUCAUCCUCAUCGGCUGCAACAGUAGUGUCACAACUACAAAAUGGCGGAGGCGGAGGAGGGCCUGGCCAGGAAACACUUAAUGACAAUAUGACAAAUAGUAACAACGGCUGUAACCAAAAUGGCAGCAACAAUACAACAAGUGGCCCCACAAGGACUGGGGAUACAACGCUUGAGCAACAGCCAGCAACAACAACAAUGACAUCGUGUUCUACACUUGUCAACGGAAGUUGUAACAACCACAAUGGCAAUGUUGGUACUUCGUCGUCGGCGGCAGCAACAACAACAUCGACGACAGUUGUCAACAUCAAUGGCAAUUCACGAACAAAUGAUAACAAAUCUUCGGCAAAUCCCUGUGGUCCAGGACCACCACCACCGUCAGUGCAACACCAACAACAGCUACAACAGUUAUCCUUGCAACAACAGCAGCAUCAGCACCAACAGGCCUUAAAUAUUCUUCAGUGUUCAGCCAACCGUUUAACAUUAACCGAAUGCAAUUUGAACAGUCUCAACAGCAGUAGCAACAACAACAACAACAUCGCCAACAUCAAUUGUAGUGGAAGUCACAACAACAUUGAGACAGCACUCGCUCUACAACAGCACUUGUUACAGCAUCACCAGCAGCACCAUCAUCAUCAAUUGCAGAAUGGUGACUGCCCCUCCUCCUGCUCCUCGUCUGCGUUGAGCGUAAUUGAUGCCCUGUGUCCGGGUGUGUCGUUGCCGUUGCUAUCCUCCAACGCCUCCUCCUCGGCCACCGCAUCCUGCUCCACACCGAAUUCCAAUUCAUUGUCGCCUCUGGCCUGCGGCUAUUGUUGCCAACCAAUUUGUGAUCGUUACAUAAUGCGUGUCGUCGACACUUCAUUCCACGAAAGCUGCCUUAAAUGUGCAACAUGCUCGUUGCAUUUGGUGCAUUCCUGCUACAGUCGCGAGGGCAAACUCUAUUGUCGCAUCGACUAUGAAAGACUUUUUCUGCGUAAUCGUUGCCUUGGAUGCGGUCACAAAAUUGCCGCCGAUGAACUGGUGAUGAGGACACUCGAAAAUGUUUUCCAUUUGAAGUGUUUCGCCUGUGUGGUGUGCGGUGCCAUACUCAAGAAGGGUGAGCAGUAUGUCGUGAAACAGGGCCAAUUGUUUUGUCGUUUCGACUAUGAAAAAGAAGUGGAGAUGUUGCAAGGAUACGAUUUCUAUGGCGAUGAUUUGUUUGCACCCAAGCUAGAUGGUCGCCGCGGUCCCAAAAGGCCACGCACCAUACUCAAUACCCAACAACGAAGAGCGUUUAAGGCUUCAUUUGAAGUAUCACCCAAACCCUGUCGCAAAGUUCGCGAAAAUCUGGCCAAGGAGACAGGUUUAAGUUUAAGGAUUGUACAGGUAUGGUUUCAAAAUCAACGGGCCAAGGUAAAGAAAAUCCAAAAGAAAGCCAAAUUGGAUGGUAGCCAUGCCAAGGGCAACAGUGACUCUCCAGAUUCACAAGAGUCGGAUAAUAGCAAUAUGACCAAAAUCAAAGAUGAGGCACACAGCGACACCGAAUCGUUGAUGGAUGUGCCGUAUGGUACGGUAUCGGCAACAGAGACCAUGGCUAAGCUGAGGUCAUGUAUCAAAGAUGAAAAUGAUGGCACAUCCUUCAGUUGUAUAGAAACCAAUAAAGAAAAUUGCAAUAAAACCAACGAACCCAUACUCAACACAAUACUGGGUUUAAGCUAUUCAACAUUCCAACAAUUAAUGGGGCCUUUUACACAAACGUCAAUGAUUAAUCCCAUCGAUCGUUUGUACAGCAUGCAAAAUUCCUAUUUUCGUCCGGAUGAAUUGGGUUAUGGGGAGGCGGGACCUGGCGGCUUGGGUGGUGGUGGUGGAAGUAAUGGUACUGGUGGACCCAGCAACAUGGCUAUGAGUAGUUUAGGCCAAAAAGAUAUUAGUGAUUAA